UCUCCUGUUUUUAUCUUAGAGCAUUCCAGAGAAGUUUGUGAGCAAUCUAAAUGGGCAGAUCACCAAAGGGUUAAACCUGAAAGCACCCAGCGGCGAAACAUGGCUCAUCGAGGUUGCCGAGAAUGGGGAUGAGUUGUUCUUCAUGUCAGGAUGGGAUGAUUUCGCCAGAGCACAUGAGUUACAAGAGAAUGACCUCCUCAUCUUCACAUGCAGUGGCAACUACUCCUUUGACGUCCAGAUCUUCGACGCCAGUGGCUGCGAGAAAGUGCCUUGUUUCUUCACCAGUAAAAAAGGUCCUUGUACGCACAAACACUCAGAUGGCAUAGUGGAUCAACAAGCUGAGCACUGCAUUUUAAGUGAUUCUGAUGAUUUGAGAAUGCCGAUGCGCCUCAUUGGAUCCCCAAACAAGGCAUCUACUUCAAAGAAGAAGAGUGGCAAGACUAGACCAAGGAAAGAGCCUGAAUUUCCAAAUAGCAACUACCAUAUCAAGCAAGAGCUGAUAAGCGAUGAAGAGCAGAGUGACUACAGGCUUGUCGAUUCCAACUACUACUACUACUACUCAAGGUCUGCCAGCAACCUAACUGGUGAUGAACGUGAUCAAAUAUUCAGUUUGGCGUCGAUUCGACCAGGCAAUCCAGCAUUUGUGGCUGUCCUGCAGAAGACCCAUAUUGGCCACAAGAACUACUUGCUGAUCGUCCACCAUGGAUUUGCUGCAGACCACCUUGAGGGAAGAUCCCAUGACAUCCUGCUCCUGAGACCAAACAGGAAAAAGAAGUGGUAUGUCAGGUACUACCAUGCAAGCCGUGCCAGAGGCUUCAACUGCUGCCGCUGGAUCAAGUUCGUCGGUGACAACAGGCUGCGCAAGGACCACAUCUGCAUCUUUGAGCUGAUGAAAGGAGGGAGGAGGACGACGAUGGUGGUCCAUGUUCUGAGGAAGGUUGAUGGAAGGUUUGUGCUGGUGGCCUAAGUUCAUGUAUCCCCCUACCCUCCUAGUUCUGUAUCAUGUGUAGUAUUGUACUGUAUGCAACUUGCUAUGCUGUGCUGUAUCAUGUGUAAUGCUGUACUGUAUGUGCCACUGAAAAACUGAACUCCAAGCAAGCACCGGUACCCUGCCAUCUAUGGCAGUGUGACGUUU